CCGGGCGAGCGCUUGCAGGAGCUCGCGCCUGGCGGUGUCUGCGCGGAGUGGCGGGCCGAGGGGAGCGGAGGCCUGAGCCUACCCCGACCGCGGCGCCAAGCGGAGCUGAUCGGAGGAGCGGGGGCUGCGGAGUUAGAUCCUGCGCGGCACGCCCCUCGGCCGCGCUCCAUGUUCCGGCCGCGGCCCGAUCCCGCGCCCCGGGCAGCCCCCAUGCCCUGCGUGCGCCGGGAGCCGUAGGCUGCAGCUGAGCCGCGGCUCCGGGAGCCGGCGGGGGCGCCGCGGCCGUGGGGGGCGUCAAUGGAUCGCCACUCCAGCUACAUCUUCGUCUGGCUGCAGCUGGAACUCUGCGCCAUGGCCGUGCUGCUCACCAAAGGUGAAAUCAGAUGCUACUGUGAUGCCGCCCACUGUGUGGCUACUGGUUAUAUGUGCAAAUCUGAGCUGAGCGCCUGCUUCUCCAGGCUUCUCGAUCCUCAGAACCCAAAUUCCCCUCUCACCCACGGCUGUCUGGACUCUCUUGCAAGCACAGCAGACAUCUGCCAAGCCAAACAGGCACGAAACCACUCCGGCACCGCCGUCCCCACGCUGGAAUGCUGUCACGAAGACAUGUGCAAUUACCGAGGGCUGCAGGAUGUCCUCGCCCCUCCCAAGGGGGAGGCCUCAGGACAAGGCAACAGGUAUCAGCCUGACGGUAGCAGAAACCUCAUCACCAAAGUGCAGGAGCUGACUUCCUCCAAAGAGUUGUGGUUCCGGGCGGCAGUGAUCGCUGUUCCCAUCGCCGGAGGGCUGAUCCUGGUGUUGCUGAUCAUGCUGGCCCUGAGGAUGCUGCGGAGCGAGAACAAGAGGCUGCAGGACCAGCGGCAGCAGAUGCUGUCCCGUUUGCACUACAGCUUCCACGGACGCCACUCCAAAAAGGGGCAGGUUGCCAAGUUGGACUUGGAGUGCAUGGUGCCUGUGAGUGGCCACGAGAACUGCUGUCUGACGUGCGAUAAGAUGAGGCAAGCUGACCUCAGCCACGACCGGCUCCUCUCGCUGGUGCACUGGGGCGUGUACAGCGGCCGCGGGAGGCUGGAGUUCGUAUGAUGGAGACUCCCCGGAACCCCACUUCCGGGACCCUCGAAGGCCCUUGAGUUCUGCUGGACAGGAGCACUUUAUCCGAA